UCGCACGCUAAACAUUAAGUCCAAGUGGUUCGUUGUUUGCGGUGAACCAUAUUUUGUUGAUAUCAAGUUCGGUUCGGGCGUUGCUAUUUGUAAAUUGUGCUUUAAAUAAUCUCUAUAAAUUGCUUAUAAAUUUUAAGCGGUAGUCACUUCAUUAACAACAGAAUGGCUCUUCGUGCGCAGUUCGAAAACAAUGACGAUAUAGGUGUAUUCAGCAAACUAACAAAUUCCUACUGUCUGGUCGCGAUUGGUGGAUCGGAAGCUUUCUACAGCUCGUUUGAAUCGGAACUUGCUGAAACCAUUCCGGUGGUGCACGCCAGCAUUGCCGGUUGUAGAAUCAUCGGUCGGCUGACGGUAGCCAACAAAAAUGGGUUGAUCGUUCCCGGAAGCACAACGGACGUUGAACUGCAGCAUCUGAGAAACUCCUUGCCAGACUCGGUUAAAAUUCAACGCGUCGAAGAACGGUUAUCAGCCUUGGGAAAUGUGAUUGCUUGCAACGAUUACGUUGCACUGGUGCAUCCCGAUAUCGAUAAAGAGACAGAAGAAAUCAUAGGUGAUGUGCUUGGGGUAGAGGUCUACCGUCAAACUAUAGCGAACAACGUGCUGGUGGGAGCGUACUCCGUUCUAAGCAACCAGGGUGGUUUGAUCCACGCAAAGACGCCUACCUCAGAGCUGGAUGAGUUGGCUUCGUUGUUACAGAUUCCGUUGGUGGCCGGCACAGUUAAUCGCGGAUCAGAAGUGCUUGCGGCCGGUGUGGUUGUAAAUGAUUGGUGUGCUUUCUGCGGAAUGAGUACGACUUCGACCGAACUUUCAGUGGUGGAAAGUGUAUUCAAAUUGAACGAAGCACAGCCAGCAGGAGUAACGAACAAUCUGCGAGCGUCGUUGAUCGAGGCGAUGACGUAAAUUCUACAGGUGUCUGAUAACUCAAGUUAUUAAAGUAAUAAAUUUACUAAAAGUAUGAACAUUGCAAAUGUCAUAUAUUAUAUUAUGUACAAUAUUGCAAAUAACAGCGGUCUUUUGUAAAAUAUACCGAAGCCAAGUAAAUCACUAUUAUCUGCCAA